AUGGAGACCUGGUUUUGGAUUCUUGGCUGGGUUCUUUCAUUCCUGACCAUCCUUGGAAAUGGAUUUACAAUCUUUCUCGUAUGCAGCAGACGAAAUCUCCGCACCAAAACCAACGCGUUUAUAGUUUCACUUGCAGUAGCGGAUUUCUGUGUUGGUUUGAGCGUUAUUCCUUCUCUGUUCGCAUGCGACGUUACAAACACCUGCCACUGGCCUCAACAUUUGCGAUCUUGGGUGACUUAUAUAAGGUUGUUGUUUAGUAACACGUCUGUUGUAAACUUAUGCGGCUUAGUACUGGAUCGUUUUAUUGCCAUCGUCCAUCCUCUAAAAUACAUUACUUUGAUGACUCGCCGUCGAAUUACCCAAGCUAUUUUCCUCUCUUGGGUUCUAACAGUUAGUUAUAAUGUGCUAAAAAAUACCCUUUGUAUUGUUUUAUAUCAAAACCAUACCUGUCCUUUUGCAAUUUGGGUGAUGACCAUAGUUUUUGAGAUUCUUCCAUGUGUUAUACUGAUACUCUGCUUUGUAUCAGUGAUAUUUCACGUACGCAGACAUGAUCGGUCAACACGCACCCUAGCAAAACAGUUACGUUUUAACCAUCAGGUGUCUUUUAAAACUCAUCACGAGAAGUCUGCAGUAAUAAUGAUGGGUCUUGUGAUAGGAGUGUUUCUUGUUUGCUAUGGGAUGUAUCUGCGUUGUAGUUUUCUAAUACUAUCCCAGACUAGCACUACGAUAACCUCAUCGCCAUGCCAUGAUCAAGACUACAAAAUUCCUCUCUUGGUUUUAAACUCGGCCAUUAACCCGCUGGCUUAUGCCUUUUUAAAAAGAGACAUAAAGAAAGAGUUUAGAAGACUUAUCGGUCAGGUGGUUUUUAAGAAAAGUAACCAAGGAGAGCCUUCCACUGAUCGUUAGAUCAUUUUUGAAGGACAGAAAUCUUAUUAUUAGUUGGCAGAGCUGCCUUUGAUAGCGGAUUGUGUCAGGCAUCGCGGGCGGCAGUUUUGGAGCCCGCAAAUCCCUGGAGGUUUGUCUCAAAUCAUAGUUUGGAAACACUGGUGUUUAAGGAGGGUACAAGAACCAAAGUACGAUAAGAAUACAAUCCAGUAUAAGUCAGGUGCUUUCUUGAAACGAUUCCGAGGUAUAUAUAUAAAAAAGACUUGUUGCCGCUGUAUUUUAAAGAAAAUACAUCAAUUUUAACUAAACCCUACCACAGGACGCGUGACUCAAUUUUGGAGGAUGUAGGACUUAAAAGACGCUGAAAGGCUUGAGAAGAGACUGCCAGAUGGAUCUGUGACUCUUGACUGAAAGCAAAUUGGAAUUUGGAAAAAAAAAAAAAUAAACAGGCGUACGAGGAGAGAAAACAAGAACCUUUGGACCCUAAGAGAAUGUAAAAUAUCAGGGAAAGGAUUUAGGAUUAAGUUCACACAGUGGUGGGAGGCGAAAGUUCUUAUCAGAUGGAACCUUUAAUAUCACAUCGUGAGAGUAUAUUUUUAUGUUCACAUCCUGCAAGCAGACAUUUGGUUUCACUUUCUCCAUUUUGGCGCACUGUUAAAAAAGAGCAUGUGAAUUAAGUAGUAGUUUAUUUAUCUUCCAGAUGCAAAUUAUUCCGAUCAAUUUAGCUUAGCCUGAAUAAAUUGUUUAAGAACGUUAAUGCGAUCCGCAUCGACCAUACAGGUCUGAGUACUUUUAUUUCUCAAGGCCAUCGUUUUCUUUAGCAAACAAGUUUCCAAGCUGUUUCUUUGCUUUGAGUUUAACUUUUUGUAGCAUCUCAUAUAUAUGUAUUUUUUUCGACAGUCAUGCAAUUUUACCUACUCGCUUUUGAUUGGAUAGCGAAAACGAAAAAAAAUAAAUUGCUGCCUACCUUUUGCCGUAAUUUGUAACACCUGUCGCAGUUUCUAAUAAAGAACUGUCGCAAAUAAGAAUACAAUGAUCUCGCAAUUAUUUAGUGAACCAAGUUAACAAUAAAUUGCAGUAAAGGGAUAACUCACGUGCCUGACUUUGUCCUGUUUGACUGACAGAUGUUUUAGCGCUAUUGCCACGUGACGGUCCACAUUUGCUCUAGCUCUUGCUAACUUAGGAAUACGUCAAUUUGAUAAAUGUGACCCUGCUUUUUACCCAAAAGCGUUAUUGCGGGCGACAAGAGGAGCCCGCAAUCCCAAUCUCCAGGUUGUUAUUACGCAUGCGUCGCAUGUAUAUGUAGCCAGCAUUAGUUUGGACUUCCACUAACAAUGAAGGGAAUGCACAGAACGCAAUUUGAUCACGCGCGUCUCUACCUUCUGCCCCUCGUAAUCUCAGUGAUCACGCCUGUUUUGACCAUAUGCUACGUGAAACUUACGCAAAGCACGGCGAUGGAGCAAAAGCGUCUUGACCUUCGAUCGUGUCGCCCGCACUCCCUAACCUUUGGUUUUACUAGUUAUUAGUUUUUUCCCAUGCGUCGCAUGCAUGUAGCCAGCAUUCGUUUCGACUUCCACAAAGAAUGAAUGGAAUAUACAGAAGGCAAUUUGAUCACGCGUGUUUGGACCUUCUGUCACUCGUAAUCUGAUCACGCGUGUUUUGACUAUCUCUCAUGUGAAACGUACGCAAAGCGUACUUAGGCACAGUGAUGGAGCAAAACCGUUUUAAUCUUCGAACGUUGCCGCCCGCACUCAGUAACCUUUAGUUAUUACUAGUUUAUAAUCUAUAGUUGAUAAGAACUUCCUUUAACUGUUACUGCGGAUGGAGACCUUGUUUAAUUUGGAUUCUCGGCCGGUUUCUUUCAUUACUGACCAUCACUGGAGAUAAAUUGACAAUCUUCCGCGGCUCAUUUGUAGCAGACGAAAUCUCCUCACCAAAACCAACGCGAUUAUUGUUUCUCUCGCCGUGGCAGAUCUCUGUGUUGUAGUUGAGCGUAACUCCUUCUCUAUUUUUCAGCGACAUUAGGGCAAAAACGCCUAUUACUGGCUUCAGCAUUUGCUAUCUUGGGUGACUUUUAUAAGGUGGCUGUUUAGUAACACUUCCGUUGGAAACUUACACAGUUUAGAACUAGAUCGUUUGAUUGCUAUCGUCUAUCCUCUAAAGUGCAUUGUUUUAAUUUAUGACUCGUCAACGAAUUAUCCGUUAGCUAUUUUCUUCUUUUGGACUAUAACAUUUGGUUUU